AUGACUUCCACUGGAAAAUCACCUCUCAAUCUGGUUCUUGGAGCCGCAAACGUCGGAGACAAGGAGGCUGACCCUUGGGCUCGCUACGACACUCCAGAUGAAGUCAACGCUUUCAUUAAUGUCUUCGCCAGGCGAGGCUAUACUCAACUCGAUACUGCUGCAGUCUAUUCACCUCAAGCUCCCUACAGCUCUGAGCCUCAUCUCGGUGCCGUCAAUGCAGGCGAUCGGUUCAGCAUCGACACCAAAGCAGAUUUCAUGAAAGGCCAUACCAAGGAGAAUAUCACCCAUGAUAUCGACAACUCACUCAAGCUUCUAAAGAUCAACCAGAUCAAUAUCUAUUAUCUCCACAUACCUGAUCGUAACAAUCCUGUUGAGCCAGCUCUUGAGGCUCUUGAUCAGGGCUACAGAGAUGGUAAGAUCAAAGCUUGGGGCAUCUCCAACUUUCGAGCCGAUGAAGUUCAAGAAGUGAUCGAUAUCUGUGAAAAGAGAGGCUUUGUCAAGCCUGCCGUUUACCAGGGUCACUAUAACGCACUUGUCCGCAGCGGUGAGAAAGAAUUGUUCCCUAUUCUUCGAAAGAAUGGCAUGGCGUUUUAUGCCUAUAGUCCUGCUGCUGGCGGUCUCUUUUCUGGGAGUCACAAAGAUCCUGCUCCAAAUGGACGAUUUGACACAGCACACAAGUCAGGAAGCAUCACUAGCUCACUCUACAUCAAGCCAUCAGUUCUUGGAGCUGUUGAUAAGGCCAUUGAAGUUUUCGUCAAGCAUAACAUUGGAGGACAUGCUGCCGCCCUCAGAUGGACGGCUCAUCAUAGCAUUCUCGACAAGAAAUACGGCGACGGCUUGAUAAUCGGUGCUUCUAGCCCCCAACAGCUGGAGAGCAAUGUUGAUACGAUUGAGGAGGGUCCGUUGCCUGAAGAAGUUGCUGCUGCUCUUAACGCGGUGUAUGAAGAGGCUGGUGAUGAGGUCGCUUACCAUAUGUAUAUGCAAUUUAUUACUGUGACUAAUCCUGGCCAACGUGCGUCAGCCAAGACGACGCGAAAGGCUCACUCCCAUGCAGCUCGCGUAGCCCAUGCACGGACACGGAGACAACAAAUGGUGGACUACCAUGACCAAAGGAGACAACAAACUCCUCAAUUGAGCCCUGCAAAGGGUCAUGAACCAAAUAAUCCAUUUCCAAAACUCACUGUGUCUUCGACCAGCGAACUACAAACAUUAACAUCUGUGCCUUUCACACUACCUGGCGAUUUUCAGCCAAGUAACAUAAUAUAUUUUAUCAAAUCGCUUUCGACAUUUGAGCACUCCAUAUUCAGUCAAUCAUUUUCUGACCAUCCCGGCGUAGAUCUUCAAACUGUUCUGCCUUCCCAAAUUGCACAUUGCCCAAUAAUUAUGGACAUUGCAGAACAAGCAGCUGAAAUCAGAAGCAACUGGAUAUUCUUCGUUUCUACUGAUCUGGUUCUUCUACGAGGUUGUCUCCUCGCGGCAUGCCGCUACUUGGCCCAAGUUGAGCUCCGUGAAGAGUACGCAUUGUUAGCCAUUCAGUACAAGCAGUACUAUUUACAAAGCCUUCGGAAGGGACUUUCGUCAGCCGGUCUUUCGUCGCGUCGGAAUGCCGUCGCAAUGACUACGGUUCUCGCACUCGAUGAGAUUACUUGCGGAGAUCAUCUUAUCGCUGCUAAACACGUCCUUGGUGCCAUGAAAAUAAUCGAAGAUGCUGGCGGACUUAGAAGUCUUGGGCUUAACCAUCUUGUUCGCUAUGUCCUCUACAAUCUCAUGUUCGGCAAGCGACUAUCAGAAUGGGACAUGGAUCUCCAACUUGCCUCAACGCUCAUGUCACCAGACUCGAUACUACCCUAA